GAGGCCGGGCCGGCGCUGCGGAGCCGCCCGCUCCCGCCCUCCUGCUCCACCUCCAGGCUGCCAGCCCGCACCGCUGAGGGGCAGCGGCGGGAGCGGCACCACCAGGAUGCGGCGGGAAGCGGUAGCAGGUCCGGGUCGGCGAUGGCUGCUGCUGGCGGCCCUGCUGUGGGCUCUUGGCUGCUCAGCGGCGGGAAGCGGCGGCCGGCGGCGGGCGGCCAGCCUGGGCGAGAUGCUGCGGGAGGUGGAGGCGCUUAUGGAGGACACGCAGCACAAGCUGCGCAAUGCGGUGCAAGAGAUGGAAGCUGAAGAAGAAGGGGCAAAAAAACUCUCAGAAGUAAAUUUUGAAAACUUGCCUCCCAACUACCAUAAUGAGUCCAACAUGGAAACCAGAAUUGGUAACAAAACUGUUCAGACUCAUCAAGAAAUUGAUAAGGUUACAGAUAACAAAACUGGAUCAACAGUUUUUUCUGAGACAGUUAUUACAUCUAUAAAAGAUGGAGAAAACAAAAGAAAUCAUGAGUGCAUUAUUGAUGAAGACUGUGAAACAGGGAAAUAUUGCCAGUUUUCCACCUUUGAAUACACAUGCCAGCUCUGUAAGACCCAGCGUAUGCCCUGCUCACGAGAUGUUGAAUGCUGUGGAGACCAACUUUGCGUCUGGGGCGAGUGCAGGAAGUCCACUUCAAAAGGAGAGAACGGCACCAUUUGUGAGAGCCAGCACGACUGCAACCCUGGAAUGUGCUGUGCUUUUCAGAAAGAAUUACUGUUUCCUGUGUGCACUCCAUUACCUGAAGAAGGUGAACCCUGCCAUGAUCCUUCAAACAGACUUCUCAACCUGAUCACCUGGGAACUAGAACCUGAUGGAGUACUUGAACGAUGUCCUUGUGCAAGUGGCUUGACCUGCCAGGCUCAAAGCCACAGCACUACGUCUGUGUGUGAACUGUCUGCCAGUGACACUGGGAAUAGUGAAAAAGAAGAUCCCUUAAUCAUGGAAGAAAUGCCAUUUCUCAGCCUGAUGCCCAGAGAUACUCUUUCCGAUUAUGAAGAAAGCAGCAUCAUCCAGGAAGUGCGCAAAGAGUUAGAGAGCCUGGAGCACCAAGCAGGCUUGAAGCCUGAGCCAGCUCAUGAGCUGGUUUUGGGAGAUGAAAUUUAAAGUCCAACCACCAGACAAUUGAGUUAUUUCUAGAAAUUGUGUCUUGCUUAUAAAAGCCCAAAACACAUACUGCUGGAUAGAAGUGCAAUAAACAGUCUGCAAUGCGCAUCCUUUACUGUGCAGCAAACCUGCAUGUUCUGAUUAUUGAAUUAAUUUAAUCCUUGGACCAAACCUGUCAAACACAAGUGAGAAAUAUAUCAGUGUUUCUUCUGGAUUAGUAUUUUCCCCUUGUACUUUAGAAAUAAACUUACUGGUACGCAUUAAAGAAUGCACAUAAGCAUAAGUAAUCUUAAGUUAUUAGUGACUGUAGGAGUGAGUUUUGAGCUUCUUAGUUUAACUAGGAUAAGAAUGGUCUGCUUUGGGCUGGUUUAGUCAUUGAUUUUAAGCAACUAAGGUUUUUUUGUUUAGAAAAUAUAAUCAGUGAAGCCAAUUCUGGAUGUCCUGUGCCCCCACACACAUGCUAUGGCAGGGUAGAAAAGUUAAAGCAUGCUUUUAGUUGAAUAUACCCCAAGCUUCUUUUCAGCUGUGCACAAUGGAUGCUAUUUGUACUGCCACAGCAUGCAGUGCAACUUCAGAACGGGAUGGCCUUAUCGAGGCGAUCCCUUGAGUGUUACACUUUGACAUACAGUGGUUAUUUGCCUCCCAUAAGGGGCAUACUAAAAAUGCCAUCUACAAUCUUUUCCAUGCCAUUAACAAAUAUCAUGUACAUUCUUACAUCCAUGUAACAUACUGGGUUUGCAAUGGGAACUUUUGACUUGACUGUUCAGGGCUCUCUCUCAAUGGCAAAAAAAAAACCCUUUAAAAUUGCAGAAGAGACAGGUAACUAAGCUGGAUGCAGAGAAUACAGAUUCUCCAGUGUGUAUUGAUACUUCACACUUUUAGUGUACAAUAGUACAGCUGCAGUUACAAGGUUGUGCCUGAGCUAGAGCUAAACACACAAGUAUGGCAGCAUUCUGCACUGCAGGGACACACCUGCCUGGGUAAUGGCAGUUAAAGGGACUGCUGACUACUCCAUUAUCACCUAUCCAUUCUGAGAGGGGCAGUCAACAUAAAUCUCUCACUUCAGUUCAGCAGUAACAACCUAAAGAGCUUCUUGCAUUUAGAGACUCGUGCAUCCCCAACUUGAUUCUAUUACGUUCAAAGAAAAUUCUUCUGAGAAAUGGUUUGUGCUUUUAAUAUCCUUCACAGGCAUAAAUCUCUGCAUGCUACCAAAUGUGGUUACUGUUACAUCUUCAGAGGUUGGCAAUAGCAAGCUGAGAGAAAAAUCCAAUCUAGUGGAUUUUUCCCAGCUCCCAGCUGUCUCAACAGUUUGCUACAAUGGCUCUUUUAUUACUAAUGUUCGAGUUUUUUUGGAGGGGUGUAGAUUGUGCCAUCUGGUACCGCACAUGGUAUGAGAUUACAAGAGGUUCCUGCAAAGUAACUGUAGAGCUUCUUCCCAAAUAAUCCCUAUUAUGUCUAAUUUGGAACAAUAGAGCACUAGAGUAACUUAACAAGAACAGCUAACAAGACACUGCUACUAACCUGCAAAUUUUCUACCACUAAGAGUCUAUGAAAGUUUCUCAACAAAUUCCUUGGGCACUGGACUUACUAGCAACAAUUAUCAUCAUGAACAGGAAGGGCUUUUCUUCAGAAGUAUCUUUUGGUUUUGUUUCUAUGACCAAUUCUCAAACCAGCACAUACACAUACUGAGAGUUCCUGAAUCUACCUUUCUAUCCCUAACAAAAUUACUGUGCUUUAGAGACAGCUCAUCCACGCAAGGAGAGUUAAAUGCAACUGCAAUUGUUCUGUAAAAAAAUUCUUGAGCAAAAACUUCAUAAAUUACCCCUACUUCAGGAUAGCAUUAUUCUCUCUUCAAGUUUACUGAUGCUUCAAUCAAUCCCUGAGACAUAAGUAUUAAUCAGCAGUUCAGUAAGAUUUCUGCUGAACUAAGCAAAUUAGAAAUUCAAGGCUUUUUGCUUGUUUAAAAUGCCCAUGAUCAAACUCAAAUAUGUUUGAAAUUACCAGAAUAUAAAGCAGAUGCUGAAAAAAUAUCUCCCAGAACACCACAGCGUGUAUUCCAGUGUAAUUCUGUAGAGAAAAUGCAUCUCUAGACAGGAAAUCAUUAAAAAGAUGCCACUCAGACCUCUCCAGAUUUCUGCCAAGACUCACAGGUUUAAAAGAAACCUCCCUCAAAGAAGUGUUCCAAAAAACAAGUGUCCCAAAUACAGCCAAAUAAAGCAAGUCAGUUUGGGAAUUAUUUUCUUACAUUUUAUUCCUUCUCUACAGUUCUGCCUCUGCAAAUGUCUGAGUUUGAAGAAAAUUCAUUACUCAUUUGAUAGGUUUUCUCUUUCAAAGCCUGUAAGGAUCCUCCAGACAACUAUAUACAUACAUAGUUAUUUGUUGAAAUACUCUACCUACUGGAUGGUACUCCAUCUUUGCUCCUGCUCCCACCUCCUCUGUGUUGGAAAGAGGUGGCUCAAGUGAAGCAGAAGAGGAAGAAGGAAGGAUUCCUCUGUGCAGUACCUGGGUUCUCAAGCUGCCAGAUUCCAUGGGAUUUUUAGGUUGCAGUGGGUCAGCAUGCAAGGAAGAACUGAAUGCUGUUAUUGAAAAGCCUUCUUCCUCUCUGGGGCAGAACUUAGCUGCCAGUCCUGUUUAGUGCUUAAAAGUUUCACAGCUGAGGAAUUAAAUUCUGGAAAAGGAAACUUGAAGAUUUGGUAUGAACAUAAGCAGAAGAGCAACAGACAGGCUAUAAACCACUUCCUGUAAUACUGUGUAGAGACAGGGGUGUGGGUAUAUCCACACAUACAUACUCACAGCUUUAUAGUCCUCACACUGCCUUGGGGAGGUCUGUAUUGCCAUGAAACAGUUCUGUCAUUUUUAAAAUAAAAAAACCACAGCAUUUAACAAUAAAAGUAACACAACAGAAUGAACAAA